GCAAGGGAAUGCAGAAUCAAGAACCCGGACGUAUUUAGCUUGUGCAGCAGCUCUCGUGCGAGAGCAGAACAUGCAGACGUCAGAAGCUGCUGCUCCGGAUUUCGACGAUGAUGAAGACUUUCGCUUGAGUGCUCCAACUGCAAAACUGGAGGACACGAGACCACCGCUAGACGACGAUGCUGCUUCGAUUGAUUUGUAUGGCGACGUUGCAGAUGGGAACAAUGACGAUUUUGCAUCCCUGUAUGGAAGCGGACCCGCACCAAACCAGCAGACUCAGGAGGAGUUGGAAGAGCAGAUCAUGCCAGCUGACAGACCUGGUCCCUCAGAGAAUGGGACAGAGCAAUACCAAUCGGAUGCAGGUGCCAGAGUACAGCAAAGCACUGCUGGCGAAGGGCCUGUUGUGAAGCGCGGAUCUGCUGCAUCAAGCUCGAGAGGGGAGCCUUCUUAUGGGACCAUAGAUGCUGUGUAUGUCGGCAAUCUGCAGUGGUGGACAACAGAUGCACAGAUCGAGGAACUCUGCUCCCAAUUUGGCUCUGUGCAGAAAUUCCGGUUCUUUGAGGACAAGGCCAAUGGAAAGUCCAAGGGUUAUGUCCUUGUGACCUUUGACAGCCCAAAAGCAGCAUACACCUGCAAGGAAGGAUUGGACGGGACCAUGGUGGACGGAAAGAAGUGCGUUGUGACCUUUGCAAAACAGAAGGAGCCAGGGAAGGGGCAGGGUGCUCAGAGAGAUGGCACUGCGAUGGCGUCCACCAGCCAAGGCCCCACAGGCAGGGGGGCGGCGUACCGUGGGAGAUCCCAGGAACAGGGCGGCAGAGGGCCGCGCAUGCGACCUCCGGUGGGGGACCCCCCGUUCUCUGGGAGCAUGGGCGGCGGCGGGGGGCCCGGUAUGGGGUGGAAUGGGGGGCCUGGAAUGGGACCUGGGCCCUUCAUGCCUCCAGGGAUUAUGGGACCCGGUAUGGGGCCAAUGGGGCCUGGAAUGCCCUUCAUGCCGCCAGGAUUCCCGCCUGGCAUGCAGCACAAUAUGCACAUGGGAAGAGGAACGCCAUAUGCCCGAGGACCGAUGAAUAACUUCAAGCGGCCAAGAUAUUGACAGUGGUCAUUUGAAAGUCUUGUAUUUAUCGCUGGCACUGGAGAUGGUUCAGAAAACUUAAGUGUUUCCAUGGAUCUGAACACUGCACAUCAGAGUUCACUGGCUCACAAGUGCCAGGCAUCAGGACCCAGGCGGUGACUAGCGUCACCAGCCAAGAGCGUUCUGACAUUUGUAAAGUACAAGUUGCUUCUCU